CCAUUGCUAUACCUAUAACAACGCACAGUGAAAGACAUACUUAAACAGUGCAACUACUGCAGCGGAACUAUGGAUGAAUGACAAGAGAAAACAGUGGAUAUAUCAUCAGUUGUACAGUGGAUGUAAACGGGGAAGCAUACAAUUCUACAAGUACCGAUUGAUUCUUUGGGGAAGUAGAUUAUACAUGUUUUAAACCAGCCUGAUUAGAAUUUAGCUCGUUGAACAAAUACAUGUUUUUAACAAUAUCACCAGUAAGCUCGUUGGACUAUUCAAGGCAGCAAAGCUUGUUUUGUGAACCAUGUCGAAAUACCUAAGGAAAAGUAACAUCAUUGUUUGGUUGGCUUUUUCAGUGACAGGAAUAAUUAUCUUCAUACACAAAAGCCACAACGCUGAGACUUUGAAGGCUGAAGCUUUUGUUCAAGUUGGGAAUACGAGAGCUGUGGCCAAAACUAGUCAGACACGCAAGAGAUUCCAUGACCUUAACUCCACAAUUAAAUCUACUUGUCAGCGAUCUGAAUUGUUCGAAAACUAUACAACAAGCAAGUGUGGAAGUCCAGACAACAUACUACACGUAGAAACCAAGGGGUUAGCCUACUGCUUCAUACAGAAGAUUAGCAGUACGUUUUGGAAACGGAUACUACAGAUUGCCGGAAACGGAAUCGUAAGUAACGUAACCAACCCGAAUUACAUAAGUCCUUUGCAAGCUCAGAAACAAAGAGGGUAUAAGCGACUAACAGGAAGGUCGUGGAAAGAAGUGGGCAAUCUGUUUCGUAACAUAACGACAUUUAUGUUUGUACGAAAUCCAUAUCACCGUCUGUUUUCCGCAUGGUUUGAUAAACUGUAUAGUCCAAAUGUGCACUUUUGGAAAACGAUCGGACAAAAGGCGGGACAAACCGGAAAUGAAGAUAGUUGUGCCAAAAGCGUUAGUUUCCCAGAGUUGGUCGAAUAUGUAACAGAAAAUAUAUUGUCAAAGCAAUGUUUAGACGGACAUUUCUCAACGUAUCACCAGCAUUGCAGGCCGUGUGAUAUAGAAUACACCUAUGUUGGAAAAUAUGAACAUCUCAAAGAAGACACCCAGUUUAUCAUAGAUGCGGUAAAUCUUACAGCUGAGGUUGAGUUUGGUGAUUUCGCAAAUGAUGCUACAAUGGAUGCAAUAAUUGCAGCAUCUAGCUGGGUGUACCAAGAAAGGAAGAGGAUUGAAUCGUGCGGAGUUAGCUUUUCAUGUGCGUUGUUUCGAACUUGGCACUGGUUGGCAGGCCGUGGUGUAAUAAGUAAGCAGGUACAAUUCCCGUAUAGUGUUGGAAAUAACACUGCAUCGAAUCACUCGACAAAAGAAGAGUUCAUAGCUAGACUUAAAGAAGCCAGCCAGGAAAGAAAACUAAACGAGAAAGAACACAAUAGAAAUGAAGCGUUUGCUCAAGCAAUGUCAACGCUCACGAAGGAUCAUAUAAAUAGAAUAAAACAAGCUUACGAACUCGAUUUUGAAAUAUUCGGGUAUGAAUUGACCCCACCAGAAUUUCAAAAACAUCGAAACACUCUGUUUGACUAUUUUCCAUACUGUUAACCUCUACAUAGAGUAAAAUUCAAUAAAUUCACGAAAUGAUAGCUUUUUGUUCAAGUAAGAUCUGAGCAAGGGUCCAUUUCAACAGAUAUCUAUCAUUGUUUUUUUUUGUUGAUUAUGAGAUAACAGCCUUUAUGUUUGUUUCUGUAACUGUGAAAUGAAUUGCCUUUAUAUGCCAUUUGUAAAUUUGUGUAUUUUUGGCCCUGUGGCUUAUUGAACCUGUAU